AUGUUGUCAGCGCGUCGCAUUGUUCAGAAGCCCCUGGCCCGCGGGUUGGCCUCGGUGUCGAACUUGACUAGAGACUCCAAAGUUCAUCAGAAUCUGUUGGAGGACCACUCUUUCAUCAACUACAAACAAAACGUGGAAACCCUAAACAUUGUGAAGAACAGACUCAACAGACCGCUUACCUACGCGGAAAAGAUUUUGUACGGACAUUUGGACAAGCCACAUGAACAGGACAUUGAACGUGGUGUCAGCUACUUGAAACUACGUCCAGACCGUGUGGCAUGUCAGGAUGCUACUGCGCAAAUGGCUAUUUUGCAAUUCAUGUCUGCUGGACUACCACAGGUUGCCAAGCCUGUCACCGUGCACUGUGACCAUUUGAUUCAAGCUCAAUUGGGUGGUGAGAAGGACUUGAAAAGAGCCAUCGACCUCAACAAGGAAGUGUUUGACUUUUUGGCCACUUCCACUGCCAAAUACAACAUGGGUUUCUGGAAGCCAGGUUCCGGUAUCAUUCACCAGAUCGUUCUCGAAAACUACGCUUUCCCAGGUGCUUUGAUCAUCGGUACCGAUUCGCACACCCCUAACGCCGGUGGUUUGGGUCAACUAGCCAUUGGUGUCGGUGGUGCUGACGCCGUGGACGUCAUGUCCGACCUACCAUGGGAAUUGAAGGCUCCAAAGAUUCUCGGUGUCAAGCUUACUGGUAGAAUGAGCGGCUGGACCUCUCCAAAGGAUAUCAUUCUAAAAUUGGCUGGUAUCACCACCGUCAAGGGUGGUACCGGUAAAAUUGUCGAGUACUUUGGUGACGGUGUGGACACUUUCUCCGCCACUGGUAUGGGUACGAUCUGUAAUAUGGGUGCCGAAAUUGGUGCCACGACUUCGGUCUUCCCAUACAACCCAUCUAUGGUGGAAUACUUGAAGGCUACCAGACGUGGUGAAAUCUCCGAAUUCGCUAAUCUGUACAAGCACGACUUGUUGUCUGCUGACAAGGGCGCCGAAUACGACGAAGUCAUCGAAAUCAACUUGUCUGAACUAGAACCAUACAUCAACGGUCCCUUCACCCCAGAUUUGGCCACUCCUAUCUCCGCCAUGAAGGAGGUUGCCCCAAAGAAUAACUGGCCAUUGGACGUCAGAGUCGGUUUGAUCGGCUCGUGCACCAACUCCUCUUACGAGGACAUGACCCGUGCAGCCUCUAUUGCUAAAGAUGCCGCCGCCCACGGUUUGAAGGCCAAAUCUUUGUUCACCAUCUCUCCAGGUUCCGAGCAGGUUAGAGCCACCAUUGCCCGUGACGGUCAAUUGGAAGCUUUCCAGAACUUUGGUGGUGUCGUGAUGGCCAACGCCUGUGGUCCAUGCAUUGGUCAAUGGGACCGUCAAGACAUCAAGAAGGGUGACAGAAACACCAUUGUUUCUUCUUUCAACAGAAACUUCACAUCCAGAAACGACGGUAACCCAGAAACUCACUCUUUCGUCGCCUCUCCAGAAAUCACGAUUGCCAUGGCUAUUGCCGGUGACUUGAGAUUCAACCCUCUAACUGACAAAUUGAAGGACAAGGACGGUAACGAGUUCAUGUUGAAGCCACCAACCGGUGUUGGUUUGCCACCAAAGGGUUACGACGCUGGUGAAAACACCUACCAGGCUCCUCCAGCUGUCCGCUCCAACGUUGAAGUCAAAGUCUCCCCAACCUCAGACCGUCUACAAUUGUUGCAGCCUUUCGACGCUUGGGAUGGAAAGGAUCCUAAGGACUUGCCUAUUUUGAUCAAGGCUUUGGGUAAGACCACCACUGACCAUAUCUCUAUGGCUGGUCCAUGGUUGAAGUACCGUGGUCACUUGGAAAACAUCUCAAACAACUACAUGAUCGGUGCCAUCAACGCCGAGAACAAGAAGGCCAACUGUGUCAAAAACUACUACACCGGCGAAUACGCUGGCGUUCCAGACACUGCUAGAGCUUACAAGAAGCAGGGCCAAAAGUGGGUUGUCAUCGGUGGCGAGAACUUUGGUGAAGGUUCUUCCCGUGAACAUGCUGCUUUGGAACCAAGAUACCUCGGUGCUUACGCCAUCAUCACCAAAUCCUUCGCCCGUAUCCACGAAACCAACUUGAAGAAACAGGGUCUACUACCAUUGAACUUUGCCCAGCCAGAAGCCUACGACAGAAUCAACCCAGAUGACCUAAUCGACCUUGUCGGUGUCACCGAAUUGGCUCCAGGUAAGCCUAUCACUUUGAGAGUCAAGCCUAAGUCUGGUGAAGCCUGGGAAACUCCUUUGACCCACACCUUUAACAAGGAACAAAUCGAAUGGUUCAAGGCCGGUUCCGCUCUAAACAAGAUGGCUUCUGGCUCGAAAUAA